AUGACGAUCAACUACCGACACGGUCUCUCAGUCCUCGAAUUGCUCGUUUACAUUCCAAGCGUUUUCGUUGCAGUUUUCCUCGUCGCACGACAUGGUCUCCGUACAAAUAGCGGAUUUCUUUUUCUCGCCAUCUUCACACUCACUCGGAUCGUGGGUGCCUGCUGCGAUCUUGCUACGAUAAGCAACCCUUCGAUUGGGCUGUACACGGCGGCUGCAAUCUGCAGCUCCAUCGGUCUCUCCCCCCUGAUGCUCGCCUGCUCGGGUCUCCUGUCUCGAGCUAAUCUCUCUGUCGAGCAAACAACCGGACGAAGAGCCCUUCCAGACUUCAUCUUCAGAGCCUUCCGCCUCCUCACCGUCGCCGCAUUGGUACUGAGUAUCGUCGGAAUCACCUCCGACAUGUCUGUCGAAGGCUUCGAGCACCCCGACAUCAAAGUCAAGAUCGGCAUGAUUCUCUUCAUCGUCUGCUGGGCCGUACUGGUUGCGAUUCUGGCCCUGCUUAGUCUUCGACUGGGCAGCAUUGAACGAGGCGAGAAGCGUACACUUCUGGCCGUGGCCUUGUCCGCACCUUUCAUUCUGGUGCGGUUGUUGUACGCGCUGUUCAUGUGGUUCUUGCACAAUGCGGACUUCAACAUGCUGAAUGGCAAUGUCACCGUUCAGCUAGUCAUGUCUGUGCUGGAGGAGAUUGUGGUUGUGGUUGUUUGUCUUGCCAUUGGAAUGACUUUGCGCGUCCGGAGAUGGAACCCAGUACCUGCUUCGGGGGAGGAGGAACCCAUGACAUCUUACCGAUCACGCAAGCCGUGA